AUGGCAGGGGAGUACAAAGAGCUCUACGGCGAGGAGCCAGAAGCUUGGGAGAACGUCCUGGGCACCUACUCUGUGAUGGUCGGUGUCGCCUCGCUGCUGCUGGCAAUUCUCGGCGCGGCACAGCUGGUGAAUCGCAUACCGGGGCCUGUCAAGGCCGGCUGGAAGCUGGGCUUCGCGCUGUGCGCCUUCGGCGCCCAGGCUCCCAGUGCUGCCUUCACCCACGCGGCGACCUUGAAGCAGAUCUGCGCUCUUCCGCAUCUCCAGGGCGGCCCUCUCAAGGGCGGCGCGGCCACGAUGUAUCGUUUGGGAUGGACGUUGACGCACCCGCAUCGCUGGGAUGCAGAAGCCGUCCUCUUCUCCGCAAUGACCCUUCUCAUCGUCGUCUGGCAGCACUUGACAGAACCAUCUUCAGCUGAGUUCGCAACGCGCAAGCCAUGA